CCUCUCUGAAUGUGCAGUGGGGGAAGCUCACUGUGUUCUCAUGUGAUACUACAGUGUUCCUUAUUUAUUUAUUAAUUAAUUUAUUUAUUUACCAGGCUAAAAGGAAUUUUCACUUUCAGUGAUUCCUAACAGAUCUCAUAGCAAAACCAGGUCUGUAUCUAAAUAUUCAUCUAACUUCUGUGCUAGACACACAGAAACACUGCACAUGUAUUGUGAGAUCUACAUGUGUGCACAGGGUCUCUAUGCACAAAACUGCAUUUGCUUUUUAAAAAUCAUUAUGCAAAGGUAAACCUGUCACUUCUAUUUAGUAGGUGUCAUCAGACUUGUUCAAGUGUUUUGUUUUAAGGGUUUUGGGCUUAGUUUUUUUUUUUUUUUUUUGUUCAUUGCUGUCUAGUGAUAGAUGGCCAGCUUUUCUCUAGUGAUUCUAAGCUCAAUGUUUAAAGGUGAUAUUGAGCUUCUGCUUAGACUUCGCAGACAGCAGUAGAAAAAAAUCAUAUUCAUCUUAUAACUGAAGGAUAAACUAAGGGCAAACCCUCAGGUUCUUGCAAAAGACAGCACAUAACAGCUUCAGGAUUUUUGGGAUUUUUGAAUUCUGAACAUCCCUACACAGAACAGUAGAUGCAGUGAGGGAAUCAUGCUAUAUGUCAUGUAGAAAAACUCAGACUUUCUGAAUGGAAAUGUCCAGCAUAUCUUUACUCCACUGUAUACUGCUAAGGUAGCUCUACUAAGGCUGUGCUUUCUAAAACACACCUUGUAGCAGAUAAGGAACAUUUAAUUUCUGACAUAGUACAGAUUUCUUGUAUACUGGGCUAGGAGCUUGGAAUAAAAAACUUGGCUGUUGAUUUAAUUACUUUUAAAUUGAUAUAUGUGUUAGGUUGUACAUAGGAGAACAGCAUCUUACAGUUACUCAAAUAAAGCUAUUAAUGAUAGCAAAAUAUAGGUAUUUGAAUUUUUUUAGUAUUGUCAUAAUUAAUUAUUUUUCAAGCAGGCAGAUUUAUCAUGUUGACAAUGCUAGUGAACAAUUCAAUUAAAGAAUAUAUAAAAUUUGUAGGAAAGUUUCUACCAGUGUGUGAGAGCUGUCUCAAUUUUUCUGUAAUGACAUAAAAAAUGUAUGUUGUUCAUUGUGUCACGUGUAUAAUGCCAUGCUUUCUGCAGUGCAAAAUAAUCUUUAAAGGUGUUUGAAGAACAUACUAGCAAAUGCUUUCAUUUUUAAUCAUACUGCUUUUCUAUCUAGACUGUCCAAAGGUCAUCCAUUGCUUUUUCACCUUUUCCAUCCUUUUCCACCUCUUCCAUUCUUGCUUUUUUCACUUGUGUUUUGAAUAGGUUACCACUAACAUCUGAAAUGACUUCUCUGUCCACUGCUGCUCUACAGCUUUAUUUGCAGAGCCACAGGAAGCUACCACAUCCACCAUUAUCUUUGACUUCACUGCCUCUCAUCCAGUGAUGGAGACUGCAGCACCUUCAGUGAGCCAAUCUGUAAUGGAUGAACGGGGCAGGCAGCAGUGUGUACUUGACAGCUUUGGCAGCCCCACUGCAUUGGUGUGAGCUGUUGGUAAAACCCAGUUUUACUCUGUGGCCAUGGUGCACCUGCAGUCUCAUGAAUCAUGUUGCAGCACUGAAGCUCUUGUUAGAAUAAACAGCAGGUAUAGCUCCUGAUACACCCAGGAAACUGUACUUGAGCAAUGAAUUGCCACGCAAACAUAUUGUCUCUGCAGUGCAUAAAUGCACCAUAACAAUGAUUUUACCUUUAUAAUAGGUUUUAAGGAACUUUUACUUCAGUAGCUACACAAAUGGUAUUAUUGGUAGAGGAAUUGCUGCAGUUCAAGGAGUUACUUGAAUCUUGUCUCCUAAUUAGUUGCAAUCAAUUAAACACACUCGUACAAAAAAAUUCUACAGAGGUCAGGAAAGAACACUAUCAGAUUUUACAGGCAUUCUUUCUUUAAACUUUUACUAUAAAAUUUAUGUACAAUUCUGUGCUGGUAAAUGUUCUUAAUCAUGCAAAUUUUAUGAAAAAGCUUUUACAUAAAUGAUGGCUUUAAAAUAUCUAUAUUGUUAAAAAACCCACAACCUCUCAUAUUUCAUGAGCUGUCCCCUGCCUCUCCUGUUUGCUGGGCUGAUAACAUCUGCCCUUUCUCUGGAGUGGGGGAAGGCUGACUGGGAUUUCUUCUGUGUAGGGGGAUUCCUCUAGUCAGAGGGGGAAAUCAACCCACCAGAAUGCAAAAUCAAAGCAAUUGAUGAAGUGUGUAUAAAGAAGGAAACAUUUCACAUUAUUUCCAGGCACUGUAAGGAGUAAAAUCCUCAAGCUGAAAUUCACCUGAGUGGGAGCUCUUAUGGAAUAUUUACUUACCAAGAAAUGAGAUCCAUUCAUGCACAGUUUUUCUACAACCACAGCAGCUUCAGGCAUUCCAAACUGAGGAAAUAAAAAAAGCAACAUAAUCAACAGAAAUCAGAGUCUGAAAGGGACCUGGAGAGAUCUUGGCAGGGCUUCAGCAGAGAAGCAGGAUCAAACACAACUGGAGGAAAUUGGGUCAGUCUUGGAAAACAGUUCAGUAACCCAUUUUUUAAACUGAAUUAUUCGGGGUGCAUCAGAUUCACCACAUCUUUAAGUGGAACAGCAAGAAGGAGAUCUAGAAUAAAUUUUGAGCUCUGCUGCUGGAGGGAACAAAAGGAAAUGACUGUAAGGAUAAUUGCUGUCUAAGCACCAGAUGGGCUUGACUGAGACAUCCUGCUGUUUCUGAAGGAGUCAACCCAGUUUCAGGAGCAUUUGUUCAGGAAGAUGGGGACGACCAGAAGGAUGUUUUUGAUGGAACUGGGAAGAAGAAAAGGUUUCAGAGUAGAGAGCGAGCUAAGUGAUUCUGUCACUCAUAUUGUGGCUGAGAACAACUCUUACCUGGAGGUGCUGGACUGGCUGAAGGGACAGGCUGUGGCUGACAGCUCUAGGUUUGAGCUACUGGACAUCUCCUGGUUCACAGCCUGCAUGGAGGCAGGGAGACCAGUUGAUUCAGAAGUGAAGUAUCGCCUCAUGGAGCAAUCCCAAUCUCCUCCUCUAAAUACAUCUGAAUUGGAAAUGCCAGCAUUUAUUGCAACAAAAGUAUCUCAGUAUUCAUGCCAGAGGAAGACAACUUUAAAUAACUACAACAAGAAAUUCACGGAUGCCUUUGAGGUAAUGGCAGAAAAUUAUGAGUUCAAAGAAAAUGAAAUAUUCUCCCUGGAAUUUUUAAGGGCAGCUUCUUUGCUGAAAUCUCUUCCAUUUUCAGUAACCAGAAUGAAAGAUAUACAAGGGUUGCCCUGUGUGGGAGACCAAGUCAGAGAUAUCAUUGAGGAGAUUAUUGAAGAAGGAGAGAGUUCAAGAGUUAAAGAAGUGUUAAAUGAUGAACGAUACAAGGCAUUUAAGCAAUUUACUUCAGUCUUUGGAGUGGGAGUGAAGACAUCUGAGAAAUGGUACAGAAUGGGUUUGAGAACUGUGGAAGAUGUAAAAGCUGACAAGACCCUGAAGCUGUCAAAAAUGCAGAAAGCAGGGUUUCUCUACUAUGAGGACCUUGUUAGCUGUGUGUCUAAGGCAGAAGCAGAUGCAGUGAGCUUGAUUGUCAAGAAUACUGUGCGUACAUUUCUACCAGAUGCUUUAGUUACCAUAACUGGUGGUUUCAGGAGGGGUAAGAAUAUUGGACAUGACAUAGAUUUUUUGAUCACCAGUCCAGGACCAGGAGAAGAUGAUGAACUUCUGCAUAAAGUUAUUGACUUAUGGAAAAAGCAGGGCUUACUCCUUUAUUGUGAUAUCAUUGAAUCAACAUUUGUAAAGGAACAGCUGCCAAGCAGAAAAGUUGAUGCCAUGGAUCAUUUUCAGAAGUGUUUUGCAAUUUUAAAACUAUAUCAGCCAAGAGUAGACAGCAGCACUUGCAACACAUCAAAAAAAUUGGAAAUGGCAGAAGUCAAAGACUGGAAGGCAAUCCGUGUGGAUCUGGUCAUAACCCCCUUUGAGCAAUAUUCAUAUGCUCUGUUGGGUUGGACAGGCUCCAGGCAAUUUGGACGUGAUUUGAGGAGGUAUGCUAUGCAUGAAAGGAAGAUGGUAUUGGAUAACCAUGCAUUGUAUGACAGGAGAAAGAGGAUCUUUCUCAAAGCUGGAAGUGAGGAAGAAAUCUUUGCACAUCUUGGCUUGGAUUAUGUUGAACCAUGGGAAAGGAAUGCUUAAAAUUAUUUGCCAGUGUACAUUCAUCAGUUGACUGCAUUGGUCUUUCUGCCCACCUUGCAGUCUGGUGUAGUUAUAUAUACCUAUAUAAUAAAUAUUUCUAUGACAACAAAAAAAUUAAAUAAGUAUUGGAAGCCACUUGCACUUGCUAAUGUUCCUAGAAGCUAACAGUUUAAGUUAUUCAAAUCUUUUCCAGUCCUUUCUGGUUUUGAAUUUUCUAUGUGGGAGUGAUAAGACAGAGCUUGUUUUGGGGGGAAAACUUGGAACUGAUGAGAUUUUUGCUUAUGAUAGGAAUUUAACAUUGGUAUGAACAAUACUUGUUUUUUAAAGUAGUCAGAUACAACAAUAUGUAAAUAAUUCAAAACAUUUGAGCUGAGUCAAAACAUUAUUGAAAUGUAUGCUGGUCUUUAACUGAAUUUCUUAUGUAUUUUGCUGAAUCCAUGUAUAAAAUUGCUCUGUGUAUAAGGCUUAAUGACCUAGGCAGUAACUACUUUGCAGUCUCAGCAACUUGAGUCUUCAGCUGUAAUAUUUUCCCAGGUAGGGCACCAUUCUACAAAAACUAUAAACAAGUUGAUAAUCCAGUGAGAGUUAAAAAACAUUUCACAGGAAGGGAUUUUGAAAAGAAAAGUGGAAUGACUCGGUAGCAAUCUUCAAUUGUGUAGAAAAAUACUGUAAAUUUGUAGUACUGAUUUGGACUAAAAAAGAGUCAGGUCAUGAGGUGUAAUGGUCCUCAAUCAGGAAUUUGAACCAUAACCUGCAUGAAAACAAUUGUUUUAAGUGUCACCCUAGUGACUGCUCCAAGACAAAAGAUUUUGAUUAUCUGUGCUCAGUUUAGAUAGAUGGAACUUUAUUUACUAGUAAGUGUGAAUGCAUUGGAAUGGGAUUUUACUUGAGCUGUUGGGCUAUUGGCUGCUCUAGAGUGGUAUUCCCUGUCUUUAGUCAGAAAUUCAACGAGGAUAUGAGAAGCUUUCUGAUAAAAGCCCUUCAAGAUAUUUUGGCUCCAGAAAAUGUCAAGGUAGCUCUUGUGACCAUAAUGACAAUGAAGGUUUGUAAUACAUGUAUCCUUUAAUAAGCAGGGGCAUUCAGUGCUUUAGGAAAUGAAGCUAUUUACUGAUCAUUCAUCAUUUCAGAAUAAAGGUGAUUAAGUGCACCAGGAUUGGUCAAAUAAUUUUCUUCCUUAAAAAUCUGGAUUUUUUUUCCUCUGUUGAGGCUGACUGCACUUCUUGACAUGAUGAGGGAAGAGUGGUAAUGACAGGGCUGUGCACAACAGUUAUUACUGACAGUGAAGGCUUCCCAUAUUCAAACAGUAUCUGUUACUAAAAAAAGUAUGCUUAUUUUGUUACUCAUUACUUUCAACUUUUGUUACUGCUUUUUGUUACUCAUUACUUUCAACUUAUUACUUUCUAGACUUUUAGAGGACUGUAUUGUAAACUAUUCCAAAACUUCAGCCAGGGUUGUAGAAAAAUGUGUUGAUGGCAGGAAUUUGCUUCUUGCCUGUGUCAAUAAAACCACCCCAUUUAAAUGCAGUUUUGCUAACUGAGCUGAAAAUACAAUGCUACUUCCUAAAGUGCUCUAACUAUGAAGCACUUGCAUUGCUUCCUGCUUUAUUGUGCUGAUGUUUGAAGUAGCUUCUCUGUGUUUUGCAUCAGGAUGCUGACACUUAAGUAGCAGUGACAUUUUUCAGUCCUAAUGGAAGAAAACAAAAGCUAUGGUACCUUGUCUGAAUAUUCUGUCUACUUGGCCAGCAUUUAUAACAAAUUAUACAUUCCAGUUGUGCUGUUUCUGCAAACUUCAAGACACACACAAAAUAUCAAAAAUUCUGAAUUCCACAUGUAUAAAUAAUUCACAUCUUGGGUGCCUAUACAUCACUUAUAAUUAUGCAACCUGUGAGGGAAAAGAUACCAACACAAGUUUUAGCAGCUCCUCCAAGACUAGAAGAAAUCAGCAUAUCACUUUAUUCUUUUACUUCCCUCAAAUUUUCUGAACUUUAUUUAGAAUACAUUGUACAGAUUGCUCACUGAAUCAACUAUUUUAAAAAAAUAUGGACCUGAUAAAUGAGGGGUUGUGUUAAAGAGAACAGCCUAGAUGAGCAGGAUGGUUUGACCAUGAAGAUGGCUUCUCUGUGCACACCCUCACUGGAGCAGCUGCUACCCCAGUCCCUAUCGCAGGUACCGUGUGCAGGACCAUCCUGACAGCACCUGCCAAACCAGUCACUGAGACUGUAAUUAGACAAGAUAAAAGGCAUAGAGGAGAGCUGGGAGGGAACAGGUUAAAGGAAAUGAAGCCUUUAUCAGCUGAGCAUAUCUGGAUCCACGUGCUAGUGAAAGGUCCCUGCAGUGUGAUGGAGCUGUUGGAGUCAGUGGUAGCGAAGCUUCUGAGCUGCUGAAGGACAGGUGAGGCCUCAGGGGCUGGAAAGGGCAAACACUUGUAACAAGAACAGACCAAGGUUUGUAAUAGGAGGAAUGGAAGAGAGAAUUUCAGAUCAGUGCACUUAAUAUCUCAUAAAUUGCUUGUAUGAUUAAUAGACUGUAUUUUUAAUGCACCUAGAGGAAAAUAAAGUGAUAAGUUAUUGGUAACUUGUUCAUCAGAAACAAAUCAUGUCAAACUAAUUCAGUUGUAAAGUCCCUGGAGGCUGUUUUUUAUGUCUGUCCCUCCUCCCCUGUCCCUCCUCCCCUGCUUCUACACCAAGGCAAUUUGGCGAGUAGUUAGUAGAGAAGGAUCACUGGUUCAAUAAGCAUCUACAUCCUAACUCUCUAAGAAUUACUAACUAAUUCUAUCUCUGGGAAAAAAGGGGAAAAGUAAAAGGAAACCACUGUUUUGUUUUUUCUUUCAUUGUUUGAAGUAAAAUAUGAUUUGUUGAAUAAUCUCUUAAGGCAAAGGCAAUGAGAUGUAUUUAGUUUGGUGGGUAAUAAUGUAGUUAAUGCCUAAAGGACUGAUGUACUGAAGGAAAAGCUAAUUCUAUCUUAUACAGCUCUACAAAAUAGCAAAUCUGGGCAACCUAAACACUCAUACAACUGAAGCCACAUGGACUUUCUGCAAAUAACUGUAAACCUGAGAACUGCUGCUACUUUGCAUAAAUAACUCCAGAAUAUUAAAAAAACCCAAACCCAAAGAUUUGCAAAUGUUAUCCCCAAAAGAAAUGUCUUUUCUACAGUUUAUGGACAGAAUUGUUUGGCUUUCUCAGGUGAGACCAUCUUAUUCCUUGGUAUGAAAUAUAUUCUUUCACUUCUUGAACAGCUAUUAUGUUCUAUUUUACAUGUUCUUUGGCAACUGCAGUUAAAAUAACCAGGUCCUGGGUCUAACAGGUUAAUUAAAGUCACAUAAACAAAUGAAGACAGAGUUCUGGAAACCUUCCUUAAGAGGAAGACCAAGCAGUCUUUUAGCCCUGCUGUGCAGAUGCACAAAGUGUCUUUUAUUUUAAUUAUGAUGCAUCAAAUGUGACUUUUUUUUAGCUGAAGAGGCUCCUUGGGUGUACUAUAGGACAUCCUUGAUAGCCCCAGCUAUUAUGUGGAAUACUGUAAAAAUGUAUUUGUGUCACUCUGAGCUAAGGGCCUCUGCUAAAGCCGACCAGAGGUACCACCUUGCACAAUGUCAGACAGUAACUGGAAAAGGCUUUUCCCUAUGAAUGCUGUUCAAGCCCCUUCAGAAUACUUAACUUAGAAAGCUGUUUAAUGUCUCCUUCAAUAAAUGUGUAUUCUAGGCAACCCAUAAAAUCUAACACUAUUUUUCGGUGGGUGCCUCCAAACAAAUACUAUUCCCAAACACUAUUGGUGGUACAGAAGCUCCACAUGUAGGGGGGUGAUGCUGGAUUACACAUCCCAAAAGCCCCGGGGCUUCAGGGAAAUCACUUGAUUGAUGAGAAUCAAUCCUAUCUGCAUGUGGUGACUGACCAUAGGGAGAGAAGGAGAGAGAACAUGUGUUGGGUAAGUACAAAAUCUCCCAGUUUUCUGUGUUUUAGUUCAUAAACACACUUACUGAAAACCAAGCUACUUUUUUUUUUUUUUUAUGAUUGCAGGCAUUUGAUUUCAGUUCAUUCGUGACUGUGCAGUAAAACAUAAUACUAAAUGGUAUAUUUCCUUUUGUGUUUCACUCUUGCCAAAGUCAACAUGCUCAUUCAAAGGGAUUUUUGGAAAUGGCAAGGCUCCCCAGACCCUUUCCCACCAUUAUGAGGUCUUAAGGAACAAUAUUUAUAUGAAACUAACUCAGAUGCAUUUUUUAUUAAAUAAACAAAGCCUUUCUAGCAGGAAUAGCAUAAUUUCAUGUGUUUGCUGCUAUAUAUACACAUACUUUGUCCAAAUUAUUCUAAGUCUUCUAUCAGCUUCAGUAUCUUUUCCUCUUAAAGAAGCUAUGCAUUAAGAUAUAAUAGAAAAUAUCAAGAAAGGUCUCAAUUUAAAAAAAAAAAAAAAAAGAUGAUGAUUUCUCUGCUGGGGAAGUGCAGAUUAUAUUCCAGAAACUUGUGGUUGCAACAUUUAGGGGGAAAAACGCAAAUAAUAAAAAAUCAUAUCCAAGCACUUUGUAAAUAAAAUCAUGGUCUUUGUAUUUUUCAAACGACUAAAAGAGAGAUGAUUUGGAAUUUUCUUCACAGCUGGGUAGAUCUAACUUCAAAAAUGGAGCUUGAGGAGGUUA